CCGAGUCCGUGGACAUUGCACGCGAAAAGAACGAGUCUCAGGAAAUUGGGGCAGGAAUUCCACCCGGGCGAGAAAGGCCGGAACACCGAGCUCCUGGACCGGAAGCGGGUGGCGCGCAUGCGCAAGGGGAGACGUUUUGUUGCCAGGUGCUGAGUGAAGGCCGGAAGGGCCAAUAGGAAAGUUAGUCGACGCUCGAGUUUUGGGGUCUACUUUGGUGAUGCAGAGCGGCUCCUCCCAGAGCUGUGUGGACGUGGUCUUCGUUACAGGUGGCUGGGAGGUAGCGUACACUAACCUCAGUAGGAUAUUAGCAUGUACUUUGUUACAAACGCCGUGGACAUCAUCGCAUUGCAUACCCUUUUCACGGCCUUCUGUCUGGAGCGUUCCCACCGCUGCUUCUGUAAUAUCCGCCUAGGGACUGCUGAUUUGUGAAGAAAUUCCUACUACCCCCCGGGUGCAGUAUUUUUGGGUGCUGAGGGUGUCAUGUCUUAGUGGCGGACAUUGUGACAGACUUCUAGACUUCACAGAAAACUUGUCUGGCCUCCACUGUACUUUCCUGGUUUCAGUGCUGGAACAACUUAAAUCAGAAAAUAGCUUAGCAAGAGAAGAGUCUGAAGUGGGCGAACACGUAUGAAAAGUACUGGCCAUUUUACCAGAAGCAUGGAGGUCAUUAUUUUCCCAAAGAUCACUUGAAAAAGGCUGUUGCCGAAAUUGAAGAAAUGUGCAAUAUUUUAAAAAUGGAAGGAGUGACCGUGAGAAGACCUGACCCCAUUGACUGGUCAUUGAAAUAUAAAACUCCUGAUUUUGAGUCGACUGGUUUAUACGGUGCCAUGCCCCGAGACAUCCUGAUGGUUGUGGGAAAUGAAAUUAUUGAGGCUCCUAUGGCGUGGCGGGCACGCUUUUUUGAGUACCGAGCAUACCGAUCAAUUAUCAAAGACUAUUUCCAUCGUGGUGCCAAGUGGACCACGGCCCCUAAGCCCACAAUGGCUGAUGAGCUUUAUGACCAGGAUUAUCCCAUCCAUUCUGUAGAGGACAGACACAAAUUGGCUGCUCAGGGAAAGUUUGUGACAACGGAGUUUGAGCCAUGCUUUGAUGCUGCUGACUUCAUUCGAGCUGGAAGAGAUAUUUUUGUACAGAGAAGCCAGGUCACAAACUACCUGGGCAUUGAGUGGAUGCGUAGGCAUCUGGCUCCAGACUACAGAGUGCAUAUCGUCUCCUUUAAAGACCCCAAUCCCAUGCACAUCGAUGCCACCUUCAACAUCAUUGGACCUGGUCUCGUGCUUUCCAACCCUGACCGGCCGUGUCUCCAGAUUGAACUUUUCAAGAAAGCAGGAUGGACCAUAGUUACUCCUCCCAUACCUGUCAUCCCAGAUGAUCACCCACUCUGGAUGUCAUCCAAAUGGCUUUCCAUGAAUGUCUUAAUGCUAGAUGAGAAACGCGUUAUGGUAGAUGCCAAUGAAGUCCCAAUUCAAAAGAUGUUUGAAAAGCUGGGCAUCAGUACCAUUAAGGUGAACAUCCGUAAUGCCAAUUCCCUGGGAGGAGGCUUCCACUGCUGGACCUGCGAUGUCCGCCGCAGAGGCACCCUGCAGUCCUACUUCGACUGAGCAGGCCUGAAGGGGCUUGUGGCGGGGCCUCAGAUACACCUGAGAAGCUUAGGGGCAAGGUUCAUUCUACUGCUUUAAAAAGUGCAUGAAUUAUAGUGCUUUAAACAAUCAUAUCCUUAACAGGGGUCUUAAGCCUGGUUUACUUUUAUUACCUUUCUUUGGCAUAAGGAAAAUAACUUCUUCUAGGUAUUCUCUACUCCUAAAGUUAUUUACUAUUUGGCUUCCAGUAUAAAACUUGGUGAAUGUGUACCAAGACAAAAAUCAGUCACUUGAGUAACUUGGCCACUAAUAUUUAACCAUCUACCUCUGUUUUUAAUUUUCUUUCCAAAAGGCAGCUUGAAAUGUUGGUUCUAAUCUUAAUUUUUUUUCCUUUUUGGUAGACUUGUGAAUGUUUUUAUUAUUUUCUAAAUGAGAGAAAGACUUAGAACAUAAACAGACCCUAAAUAGAUCCAGGUAAUUGUCUCUUUUUCUAAUAAGGAAUUUUUCAUUUUUUGUUUUUUAAAAAUAAACCUAGACCAUGCAAAAACUAACAUGAAUUUUCCAUGAAAGUUUUUAAUAUUCUGAUGUCAACAUAGUACAACUAAAAACCUUUUCAUAUUACUUACCUCAUUUCAAGUGAACUAUUUUAAUCUUUUUCCUCUCUUUCUAAAACUUUACAGAAAUAUUUAGUGUAAUAGGGUAUAACUUUUAGUUAGUUCCCUAAAUUUUCAAUAUAUAAUAGAUAUGUUGCAUCUUGGUAAUCUAAGUCUUGUUUACAGAUGUGCAAAUUAUUUAAAGCAUAGACUUUAAAAACAUUUAAAAAAAACUAAUGGAGGUAAAACCUACAUGCAAUGUGAAAUAAUUUUAAUAUUGGACACUGCACAUGUAUUUUUAUUCUAAUAAACGUUUGUGUUCCAGAUUGGAUUUUAUCAGA